AUGUCCGCCUCACCUCAACCAACACACUCCGCCAAGCGGCCCCUCGAGGACACGUCCUCUCCUUCGGUCGCGGAUCAGCCCGAUGCCAAACGACCGGCCCUCGACAAGAUGGUCAAAGACGAGGAGGAGGUCCAGGAGCCAAUCUCUGGCAGCAACGGUGAUACCGCUCCUGCUGCUCCCGAAGUUCCCGCCCCCGCUCCGGCUUCUGAGGCCAAUGGCACUUCCAAGACGAACGGGGAGAAACCCGAGGUCAAGGACGCCCAGGGCGAUACCGUCGUUCCAGAUGCGCCUGAGACCAAGCCCAUCACCAGCACCGCCAGCGUCACCCAACAGUCGGGCCCGCCACCAGGCGCACACGACGAGACGGCAUGGAUACAUGUCCGCGCUGUGAUCUCGAGUCCCGAGGCUGCAACCAUUAUUGGGAAGGGCGGUGAGAAUGUGUCCAAGAUUAGACAGAUGUCUGGCGCCAAGUGCACCGUUAGUGAUUACCAAAAGGGCGCCGUGGAACGCAUCCUCACGGUGAGCGGCAUCGUCGAUGCUGUUGCGAAGGCCUUCGGCUUGAUCAUCCGGACGCUCAAUAAUGAACCUCUGGGCGAGCCCUCCAGCCAACACUCCAAGACAUAUCCCCUUCGUCUGCUAAUCCCCCACAUCCUGAUCGGUUCCAUCAUCGGUAAGGGCGGGGCUCGCAUCAAGGAGAUCCAGGAGGCGUCCGGUGCCCGUCUUAAUGCUUCUGACUCGUGCCUCCCCUUGUCUACCGAGCGCUCGCUCGUCGUGAUGGGCGUGGCUGAUGCCGUCCACAUUGCCACCUAUUACGUCGGCAGCACUCUCUUAGAGCAGCUCAACGAGCGUUUUGGUGGGGCGUCGGCCUCUGCCUACGCGACUCGCAGCGGCGGUCCCGCCGGUGCAGUUCCGGGCGGUAUGCAAGUGAUCCCAUACAACCCGCAGCCGGCUGGCGGCAACUUUGGCAACCGGGAUAACUACCAUCGCGGUCGCCCUGACCCUAGAGCCCACCACAUGCCCCCCCAGGCGUACCCGCCCCAGUACGGCCACCCUCACCAGCCUCACCCGAACCCUGCUGCCCCCAUGCCCUACGGAGGCCAUGCUGCCGCUGGUGGCUAUGGAGCUGGUCCCCACGUGCAGCCUCACCCUGCUGGGCCCGCCGGCCCUCAUGGUCCCGCCGGGCCGCAUGGGCAACCCAUGCCUGGCGGCGCAGCAGUGCCCGGUGGCCCCCUCACUCAGCAGAUCUACAUCCCCAAUGACAUGGUUGGGGCCAUCAUCGGAAAAGGCGGCCAGAAGAUCAACGAGAUCCGUCAGAUCAGUGGCAGCGUGAUUAAGAUUAAUGAACCACAGGACAACAGCAACGAGCGUCUCGUCACAAUCACUGGCACGGAGGAAUGCAACCGGAUGGCGCUCUACAUGCUCUACUCUCGCCUCGAAAGCGAGAAACACCGAAUCUAG